UUUUAGAUUUAAAACUCUUAUAUUUAAUUGUACUUUAAUACAUUAAUUACAAUGCCGAACUGUCUUGUAAAAGAGCGCAAGCCGAUGGUUCCUUUAAAAACGCUGGAUAUAAUAUUCAGGCGCCGCUAUGUUCCCAAUACCCAACAUUAUUUUGCUAAUCGCAAACAUGCCGUGGAUAAGGAGAUGAAGAAACCGAUGAAACCAUUUCGUGUACCAAGGUCUGAGAAACUGCUCUCGUACAUAAAGUACAGUGAUCGUAAGGAGAAAGUCGUCUCUAAGGCAAGAUUAGCCCAACCACUGUUCUUAAAAGAUAAUCUAAGAAUAGCGGCAACAAGGGAUAUUUCCAAAAGGCUUUAUAUAGAAGAACCCCCAGACGACAUACGAGCAGUUGUAGAAAUUCAUCCUGAAUUUUAUACAGUCAUUGAAGGCCGGCCGUUAAGAUGCUUUGAUGACAUAAAAGUUUAUUUAAAUAAUAUUCGCUGCUAUGCUAUGUAUCGCCAACAAAUCGGUUACCGCCGAGAUCUAAUCCUCAAGAUAGAGAAAAGCGAUGUUGAAGAAUCUGAGCACUAUGAAAAAAUAGUCGAUAAACUUAAGCAACACAUAAAGAAUUUCCAAACAUUUCUUACUGAAGAUUAUAAAAAGGCGUGUUUAAAAGUGGCAAUAGCAGAGAAAGUUUAUAAUGACUUGGUUGCAAAAAACUCAGAGUUUCUUGGCUACGUUUCGUCCCUGACGAUAUUAAACAAUAUAUUGUUUAAGUUAGAUGCUAUACGAGGAAUAUUGAAGACGUACAGAAGCUACUUGAUGUUUGUUGCACCUCUGUCAUGGAGACAACAAAAUGACGAAACCCUAAGAGGCAGGGUUAUGUCUAUUCAGUUCGAAGCUGGUGAGUUUGCUACGGACAAUGAUUUAGUUGAAUCACUAGACAUUGAAAAAAUGGUAGAGGUUGCUAAGAUUGAACUGAGAAACCCUCUCCCUCCUUGUUUGUAUUUUAAUAACCCUGAACAGAUGAUUUAUCUAUUCCGAACGAUGGAAUUACAAAGUCGAGAGUAUUUGAUACAGCUGGCAAAAACUGAUGGUCCUAAUAGAUCAUUACGAGAUCGAAUUAAAAAACUUAAACUGGCGACACAACAAGAACUCGAUUAUUUCCAGUAUUAUAUUGAUAACAUACACCACGAAAUAUCUAGAGAAUCGUUUAAUGAACAACACUUACAGGAAAAGUUUUUUAGGAUCUUGAAUGAACCAUUCUAUGACAGUAUUGCCAGUCCUGCAACAUUGAAACUGAAAAUAUGUAUAGAAUAUGUAUACGAACAGGUUUUUGGGAAGUGUGAAGAAGGUCACCAUAGUCUUCAAGACCCAUUAAAGAUACUUGAAGUUAUGUACGAGGAGUACAACUUACGCUUAGAUGCUUUAGAUUUCAAAAUUGUUAAUCAAGCACGAAAUGACUUUUUUGCUCAAGAUUUAAGAAUGAUGCAGAAUGCGUACAAAGCUCAAAGAGAACUAAGAGCUUUUAGAGAAAUGACAAAUGCUAUGAAUAAAGCGUUUUUGCCACCAGCCAAAUACACAAGACCAGUUAUAAGGAAGUUUUUGGAUAAAAAGAGUUUAAAAGCUCUCAUGAUAGCUGAAAAGAAGAAAAAUGAAAUGUUGAGUGGAGAACGUGCCAAACGUAAGAGAUACAAACUAUCUGCGGAAGAACGUGAGGGAUUAAUACUGUUUACAGAAUGGUGCGAUGGUCUGAAUCCAGCGCCCUUUUUAAAGGACUAUUAUGAAUAUGCUAAGCCAAUAUUCGAAGGCACUGGGUCUAUGACUUAUGUAAGGGAGUAUUAAAUAAACAUUUACAAGGGUUUGUAUUUUCAAUUCUUAUUAUUAUUAUUUGUAUUCGGAAUUGUUUAUUGAACAUUUUGUUUUAUUACUUAUAGAGAAUUAUAGAUUGUUGAAAGGUAAUUAAAUCUUUAUGUAAUUUAUUUGA